GUGCUCUGAAGCCAACAACAAACUCUUCAACGUGCCGCAGAUAGUCAUUGCCAAUUAGGUUUCCAACAUGGCAUCCGCAAUCGUAGUCGGCGCCACAGGCAUUCUCGGCCGAGAAAUAGUGAAGCAGCUCGCAAAGAGUCCGGAGAAGUGGAAGACCAUCUAUGCCCUCUCCCGCAGCAAGAAGGAUGAGUAUCCGCCCAACGUUGUGCCCAAGCACAUCGACCUCCUGAGCUCGGCCGACCAGAUGGCCCAAGACCUGCGGGGCGUCGAGGCCGAGUACAUCUUUUUCGCUGCCUAUCUCCAGAAGGACACGGAACAGGAGAAUUGGCAGGUGAACGGCGAUAUGCUUUCCAACUUCCUCUCGGCCGUUUCUCACGCAAAGACCAAGCGCAUCCUCCUCGUCACCGGCGCUAAGCAGUACGGCGUGCACCUCGGGCAGCCCAAGAACCCGCUCCUCGAGACCGACCCCUGGCUCACGUCGGACCCGUUCCCGCCCAAUUUCUACUACCGCCAGCAGACCAUCCUCCACGACUUCUGCGCCGAGCACCGGGGCAUCCACUGGACCGUCACGUAUCCCAACGACGUGAUCGGUUUCGCCAAGGGCAACUUUAUGAACCUGGCCACGGGCAUCGGCCUCUACGCGGCCGUGAGCCGGGAGCUCGCGCCGGACGAGGGCCUGACCUUCCCCGGCUCGCCGACCUUCUACACCCGCUUCGACACGUUCACGUCGUCGAGGCUGCACGCCCGCUUCUGCGAGUGGGCCGCGCUCGAGCCCCGCGCCGCCGACCAGGCCUUCAACGUGGUCAAUGGCGACGCCCAGAGCUGGCAGGACCUGUGGCCGCGCCUGGCCAGGCGGUUCGGCACGCGCGUCCGGGAGGAUCAGUUCUCCCGGCCCCCCGCGGCGGGGGCGGCCACGAGCGGCUGCGAGUCCAGGACCGAGCUGGGCGACACCCCGCCCAUCAGCGUCGCCGCCAAGGAGGCCGGGCUCGUCGGGCGCGUCAGGGGCAGCGCGCUGGAGCAGACGGUGAGCCUGGCCAAGUGGAGCCGGAGGGAGGACGUCCGCGAGGCCUGGGACAGGCUGGCGGAGCGAGAGGGCCUCCAGAAGGACGCGUUCGACAACGCGACGUGGGCGUUUGUCGACUUUGAGCUCGGGCGCGACUACGACAUCGUGCUGAGCAUGAGCAAGGCCAGGGAGGCUGGCUGGACAGGGUACCAGGACACGUGGAAGGCGUUCUCUGACGUCUUUGGCGAGCUCGAGGCGGCCAGAGUGCUCCCCAAGACGCAUUAA